AAUAAGGCCGUCAAUCGGUCCGUGAAAGGGAAGGGGUUCGGAUAGUUCACAAUCUGUCCGCCGAUACCUUGUCCCUGGACAGCAGAAGAUCAUAUGUGUUCGAUUCUGUUCUCGGCCCUGAUUCUUCGCAGAUGAAUCCUGAGGCCCAUCCUUAAUGGAAUACGAGGACAUAAUUCUGAAUUCCUAUACCACUGAAAAUGAAUGGUAUGAGUUUUAUAAUUCAUAUGCCAAUUUGAAGGGUUUUAGUAUUCGAAGGGAUAAAGUGAGAUAUGAUAAAAAUGGUAAUCUUUACUAUCGCAAAUUUGUUUGUUUUAAAGAAGGAAUUCGUGAAACUAAGCAUAUGGAUAGAGCAAAUAGAACAUAUAAAGAACGGUCAUUAUCCCGAUGCAAUUGUGAUGCAUGUCUUGAGAUUUUUUUUGAUAAUGAAACACGGAGAUGGUUUGUUUAUAGUUUAAGGGAUAUGCAUAAUCAUGAGCUUGCAGGCCAAGAUGAAGUUCCCUUUCUUCGCUCUCAACGAAGAGUUGAUGAUGUACAAAUGGAAGAAAUUCAUAUGCUAGCACAAUGUGGCAUUCCUAAAAAUAAAAUUAUGGAUUUUAUGGAGUAUAGAGACGGAGGUUAUGAGAAGGUUGGUUUUAUUAGAAAAGAUAUUUAUAAUAAGUGGGAUAAAAUAUCACGAAGAAUAAUAGAACAGGGAGAUGCACAAACUGUAUUGAAUAUGAUGGAACAAAGAAAAAGGAAAGAUGUAGAUUUUUUCUAUUUGAAUAAAACUGAUGAUGAAGGCCAUCUUACACAUUUGUUUUGGGCUGAUUCUCAAUCAAGAGUUGACUAUGAAGCUUUUGGUGAUGUUUUAUUAUUUGACAGUACUUAUCGAACAAACAAAUAUGCCAUGCCUUUCAUACCAUUUAUUGGUUUAAACCAUCACCGGAGAACAAUAAUAUUUGGAUGUGGAGUAGUUUGUAAUGAGACAACUGCGAGCUAUAUUUGGUUGUUGAAGGUAUUUAAGAUGGCGAUGUGUCAAAAAGAACCUUUGUCUGUCAUUACCGACGGUGAUAGUGCCAUGCGUGAAGCUAUAAUCACAGAGUUUCCAGACGUAAAGCAUCAGUUGUGUUCUUGGCAUAUAGGAAAAAACUUAUAUGACAAUAUAAGAAAUCGUUCGGUUAGAGCUGUCUUUCAAGACCUUAUUUCAAGAAAAUAUACAGCUGAAGUGUUUGAAAAUAAAUGGAAAGAGCUUCUUGCUAAUAAGAUGGGUAAUAAAGAGAAAAAAUGGCUACUAAGAAUGUAUGAAAAAAAAUAUUUAUGGGCUGCUACCUACUUACAUGGGCAUACUUUUUUAGGUCUUAGAAGCACACAACGCAGUGAAAGUAUAAAUUCUAUUCUGCACAAAUAUCUCAACUAUGGCAUGACUCUUGUUGAUAUGAUUCAUCACUAUGAUAGAUGUGUAUCAGGUGCUCGCCGAAACGAGGCUGCAGAUGACUCUAAAGCCUCCCAAUUUACUCCAUAUCCGAGAACUUGUACAAGAAAAUUAGAGUUAUAUGUUGCUGAUGUUUAUACACCUGCUAUUUUUGAUCUAAUUCAAAUUGACAUGCAAAAAGGAGAAAAUUAUUGUAUCGUAGGGCACAACAUUGUAGACGGACAUCACAACUUUGUUAUCGCAAUUGACUCAAAUCCAGAGGUGCGCACAAUAGUUUGUUGUAAAUGGGAAAGUGCUAAGUUAGUCAAGUUAGCAUGUGAAUGCUUGCAACUAGAAACAAAAGGAACACCGUGCAGUCAUAUGUUUUGUUUAAUGAAAUAUCUAAAUAUUACAUCAUUUCCGGAGUGUUGUAUUUGGCCACGGUGGACUAAAAAUGUUAAAGCUGGAUUUGCUUCUGAUAGACAUGGCACAGUGAAUGAAGUCUCAGAUCAUGCAAUUAGAAACCAAAAAUUGUUGAAACUAGCAAAACAAGUGUGUUAUAAGGCAGCUAAGUCCGAAGAUCAAUUUUCUGAGCUUAUGAAUUUUCUUAAUAGCAAAUUAGUAUCAUUUAAACUGAAGGAAAAAAAAUAUGAAGCAUGUAAUGAUUAUAACUCAGAUGAUGGAACAUGUGAGAUAAAUGUAGAUGAGGAUGGAGAUACAACAAUCGUGCUAGAUCCCAUCCGAGCAAAGACGAAGGGUGCACCUAGAAAAAGAUUAAAGGCAUACAGUGAAAAGCGAACUAACCGCUGUGGCAUGUGCAACCAACAAGGUCAUAAUAUUCGGAGCUGUCCAAGUAUUUCAGUAAACAACGUUGACAAACAAGAUGUGAAUAACGACACUGGGCGAUAUUUCCCAUCUGAUAUAAUAUGGUCACAAGAAGACAACAACCUGCAUUGAUUGGAAACAACUUUAUCUUGAAAACUUUGCACAUUCUAGAUGCUUGGAAAGUCACGGACUCUUUUCAUCAAAGAUUACAAUCACAUGCUUUUCAACUGGCUGGUGGCCUUCUCUCCCGCUAUGGUAGUGGUUGGACGAUUUGUUAUCAAGUUCCUUUUGGUGGAGAUUGGGGGAUGGGUGAUGUUCAUCUUCCUGGAGACUUGCAUAUUAUGUAAUUCAAUAUGAAUUGGUUGGUUCUGAAGUCGCAUAUAUGCAAUCGGGUAUGUAUAAUUUGCUAUUUCCUGGCAUAUGGCUUUCGGUUUUCUUCUCUUGGAAAAAGGAGUUUCCAGCUGCUCCUUGUGUUUUCUUGGAUUUGUUUUCAAUGUCCUGGACUUGGGACAUGUUUUCUGGGAGCCUGUUUUGCUGGUCAUGGUCUUGUUGGACAUGGUUUUGCAGCUGGAAAUUAGUUUGUUGGAAAUGGCUGUGGUGAUUUUUGGAAAUUACUGUAGCAUAUAUUGGUUUCUCUUGGUAGCGAUGGCGGUUUAGCAUAACAAAAAUCACUGUAGCAGGGGAUCACUGUAGCAGGGGAGUUGUAUGGCGUUGGCCUACUCUUGAUGUUUGCACAAAGUUUGUUUUGACUGACCCAGCUGAUAUGUUGAGAAGUGAGCAUGCUGUUGGGGUUCCUGAAACUCCUCCCAAGGAGAUUUGUUCCCAGGAUACUCUUGUAGUGGCGGAAUUUCAUGAGAUUCACAAGUCUUUUGUAAUAGUAUUUUUGUUUCUUAGUCCCUUUUGUAUGAGUGAGGGAUGCCUCACUUUAGAAAUUGACCGCUGUCAAUAAGAAAGGCGAAACCAUGUAAUUUCUUUCUUCUAAUGAUAUCUAUAUUUUGAGGGGAAAAUAU